UAGGGAAAUACACUACAGCAGGACAUCACUGUACACAAUGAAGGCUGAGUCGGCAACUCUUUACCGAUUAACAUGGCUUAUUUCCGCAUCUCUGCAUCUGAAAGGUGUGGAGUCAGCUAAGGGGAAAUACGCUCAGCUGUUAUUCCGAGAACUGUUUGAGGAUUAUUCUAAUGCACUGAGACCAGUGGAAGACACUGACAAAGCAUUAAAUGUUACCCUCCAAAUUACUCUUUCUCAGAUCAAAGACGUGGAUGAAAGGAACCAGAUACUGACAGCAUACUUAUGGAUCAGGCAGAGCUGGUACGAUGCAUAUCUGAUGUGGGACAAAGAUGAGUAUGAUGGUCUGGAUUCAAUCCGUAUUCCAAGCAACAUGGUAUGGAGACCAGACAUUGUUCUGUAUAACAAGGCAGAUGAUGAAUUUUCCGAGCCGGUAAACACAAACGUUGUCCUCCGUCAUGAUGGGAAAAUCACAUGGGAUUCCCCAGCCAUCACCAAGAGCUCCUGCGUAGUAGAUGUAUCCUACUUCCCCUUUGACAAUCAGCAAUGUAACCUGACCUUCGGCUCCUGGACCUACAAUGGUAACCAGGUGGACAUUAUUAAUGCUAUGGACACUGGGGACCUGUCCGACUUUGUGGAAAACGUGGAAUGGGAAAUGCAGGGCAUGCCAGCCGUGAAGAACGUUAUUACCUAUGGCUGCUGCUCGGAGCCUUACCCUGAUGUCACCUUCACACUGAUUCUUAAGAGGAGAUCUUCCUUUUAUAUAUUCAACUUAUUAAUUCCCUGUGUGAUGAUCUCCUUCCUGGCACCACUAGGAUUCUACCUUCCUGCGGACUCAGGGGAAAAAGUCUCCCUGGGAGUGACCGUCCUCCUGGCUCUCACUGUCUUUCAACUAAUGGUAGCAGAAAGCAUGCCCCCUUCUGAAAGUGUGCCCUUGAUAGGUAAAUAUUACAUAGCAACAAUGACCAUGAUCACAGCAUCCACCGCUCUGACAAUCAUUAUCAUGAACAUCCACCUGUGCGGAGCAGAAGCCAAGCCCGUCCCCCGCUGGGCCAGGAUCGUUAUUCUCAACUACAUGUCCAAGAUAUUUUUUGUGUACGAUGUUGGUGAGAACUGCACGAGCUCCCGGGAGGAAUGUGACACCGUUUCACAGGACAGCGUUCAUUCCUAUGAUGUGUACGAUAAAGAUGCCUAUGACACUCUGAAGUAUCCCCUUUCUGGUAGAGAUGACUUUGUCUGUGACCUUGACCUACGUACAAAGCACAAUGGUCAUGCUGCUGGAAACAAAGGAGGACAGGUUGACAUUCCAGAUCAUCCAUACUGUAACCACUGCAUCCAUUACAGAGUCCUAGCAAGUAACAUUGAGUACAUCACUAACUGGUACCGAGAGCAGAAAUCCAUUAGCGCCAAGGGGAUUGAGUGGAAGAAGGUGGCCAAGGUGAUGGACCGGUUCUUCAUGUGGGUCUUCUUCAGCAUGGUCUUUGUCAUGAGCAUUUUAAUUAUUGCUAAAGCUGUGUGA